CUUGAGUUACCAUCGCUUAGUCAGCAACAUCUUCGUUUGCAUGCAUUCUUCUCACUUUGACCUCAUUCAACGAGACACUACAGUACGUCCUUCUGAGGCUGUUCAAUUGGUCGAUUGAGGACGAAAAGUUGAAAAUGAGCUUUCUAGGUUUAGCUGAGGCUUUCGAUUUCUCAGCUUACAGGCUACGUCACGGUAUCCACCAACGGUCUGUUACCGCCACACACUCCAUGUAAUAGUUCUCGAUGGUCGUCUGAUUCUCGAACAGUCUACUGGUUUCUCAGUUUUUUUAGAUCGUGUCAACAUGAAUAUUACAUCCGACGAUUUCCAGAUACUGCCUGCCCAUCUUCGCAGUGUGUGGAGCGAUACGUGGACCCGAUAUCAUUGAUAGAGAAUUUCAACGCUCAAUUGCUUUUUCUGCAUACAAUGUUCCGGUCGAUGAUACGUGUCGCAGACAGCUGUUCGCACCUUCGUACGUCAUAACGAUCCCGUUCCUCGGUCUCUUUACCUGGUUCUACCUCACUUGGAUAGAAUGCGGGAGCGUUCUCAUCAGUCACAGAUGUCCUCGUAUGUCAUCCGAUUUGGCGCGCGCAGAAACAUCGUCAUCCUGACAUUCUUGGAUGUCUUUCAAUGCUUUCUACUGUAUCGGCUUGCAAUACAGUGUUAUCUGUCGUCCAUAAGAAGUCCCUGCUGUGUCUUUAAUUCUCUUCUUGUGUCAAAGGCCUCUCUUUGAAAUCACUUUCCGGUCUAAACGGCGCCUUACUCUGACUAGCGUUGACUGUUUGCGAAAUCAAAUUUUGAUCUCGCGCUUUGAUGAGGGCCGUGCUUCUUCUUGUAGAGUAUAUAUACAGAUGCACAGGUCGACGAUGCUUUCUUCUCAGUUAUACUUUACUUAUUCUUGACUUAUUCCUCACGAUGCCACUGCUUGAAGACAGCUUGCGUCGACUGAAAUCACGAUUUCGUAGUGAACAUCGGAAGUCACAUUCACUCAGUACCAGUAACGGAACAAACCGUACUAAUGGAAUGAACGCGUCCUCGUCUUCAUUAACAACUGAUUCUAAUGGUUCUGAGCGAAAUGCGAAGAUAUCCAUGCAAGCCGACGUCGAGCACGUGGCUGCAAUGUCGAUGCCUAUUCCACAAAUUAUCGUGGAAUCACCAAAAGCAAAAGAAUAUGAAGAUCAUGUUGACGUUGUGAAGGACAUGGCAACCUCAGGGGUCUAUGACAAAGUCCUUGCUGGACCUUCGACUUCGAAAACAGGGAAACUCAACCAAGUUGUCGAUGCCGUCGAUGUUGUUUUUGACGCCGCAGCUGCAGUCGCGGAUGCUGCACAACCAGCUCAGGAUUUUCUAUCCAGUAAAUUCAUGGCAACGGUGGAGGCAAAAGUCAAUAGCUUUGCCGAAGACAUUCCUUGGCUUAUGAAUGUUCUGGACGAAGUGACUGCUCUCCAUCCAGUCAUCACCGUGGUCGUUCUUGCGUUCAAAGCUGCGUAUCACAUUGAAAUGACCCGUCGCGAGAACGAUAAGCGUAUCAAGGCGCUUUAUGUGGAGAUGAAAGAAAUGAUUCACGUUCUCAUCCACUUGAAGGACGUUAAAGACCCUGAAGCCCGCGAUCCACGUGGCAAACCACUCUCUGAUAGAUUGGGAUAUCUUUCGCAAAAAGCCGCAGCUGACAUCAAGGACUGCGCGAAUGUUUGCGAUACUUUUGCACGCAAGGGUCCUUUGAUCCGAGCGCUAAAAGGGGCCGUAUGGGAGGGUCGUCUCGUUGCAUUCAUAAAGCGUUUCGACAAGCGACGGUCAGAGUUCGAAGAAGCGCUUGCUAUCCAUACUGCGUGGGUGGUCGAUUCAAUUGCACUGACUAUUGGGUCUAUGGAAGCGAAAAUCGACCUCAUCACGAAGCUUUUCAAGCAAUACAUCCCUGCAAAUGAACGCAAGUUGUCAAAGAUAAUUGAGGAGAAGGGGAAGGAUGCCCGUUCAAUCCAAAACAGUGAGAAGGACUUGCGUGAUCUGCUGGACCAAGAGUACAAAUUGGACUCAAACGCUCCUUCCGCCGACACUACUAAGACCGGUGAUCAGAAGUCUGGAAGAGGAAACGAUCGCGGGAUGAGAAGACCUCCACUCACCGUCAAGGAGCUUCGAGAAGAAUUGCACGAAGACUUGGAUGAAGGCAUUCGGAAGAACCUGUUGACGUUUGAGGGCAAGUUCAUGCUGUAUCAUAGGCAAAUGCAUGAAGGACUACUCAAGGUACUACAAGAGAACCACAGUCAGCUUCUGGUAGCCGUCCAAGGAGGCCCUCAUGAAAGGAUAAAAGACAGGGAACUUCGAAAGAUCUGGCAUGACAUGAAUUGGAGACGAAACGUCAAGGCGCGAUUGUUUGUUAUGACAUUACGAGAUAAUUUCCAAGACAAGCUUCUCGAGAUGAAGCUUAUCGCUCGAGAGGCUAAGCUUCACAAUAUAAUGCAAAACGAGUCGAAGAUAUCAUUGGCAACACAACCCAAGCCCAUUGAACAAGGCGACCGGCUGAACGAAGAAAAUAUUCCGCCCGCAGUAGACGAAGAUGCGGUGGAUCAUGCUAGAGAUGACUGGGCGUAUCAUUACAUCAGUCUAGCGUGGUUGCAGCCUAUCAUGGAGGCCUUUGACGAUGACGGUUCCGGUUACAUUACUGUGACUGAGAUCAAUCGCUUCACCGACGGGAAACCGAAAGAGCUCAGAUGGACGUUGCAGCAUUGGAUAGCAUAUUGGGCUGUCGGGUGGCAAAUUUCUGCAUGGCAUUAUCGCAAACAAAUUCUGGACCUGUUCGCGACCUUGUUCGACAUUCUACCAAGACUUCAUCUCGAAAACAGGUUCUGGGCGGAUUAUUAUCUAGGCAAAGUGUGGCCUUAUGCGGCCGAGCUACUCAUGGCUUUACGAGGGGACGAUCUCCCCGACUUACAACACAAGUUCCAACCCUAUAUGGACCUCGAAGAGCGUAGGAUAAAGAGGAAUCUGGAGGACAUCAAAUAUAAUAUCGAUUCUCGUGAUCUAGUGUACAGGGUAGGCGGCGAACGCAUUGAGAAACAUGUUCUACCUCUCGUCUACCUGUUGCUCAAGCGAGACUUGGAGAUCUUUCGAGUUGCCCAGUAUAAAGUCAUUCAUAAAGAUGAACUCUGGGAUGCUACGGAGAAUUUGUUGUGCGUCUUCGACGCUGUCGUCUUGCGUGUGACAGACCUUACAAAUUUGUUCAUUCAACAACAGGUUGACGUCGUUAGUCGGAUGGAUGUCAUGGCGGCGGGAUUGCUCAGACACUACUACGAUCACAGCAAAAUCUGGUCCAUGACAAAUUUGUGGUCACUACAGUUCAACUACCUUGAAGGGGAGCCUCAGCCAGUUCCAGACGAUUACGACGCGUCCGCUUCUGAGAGUCUGCUUCAGUAUGCACUCCCGGGGAACUGCACAAUGGCGGAUAUCUCAGUAUUUGACCAAGGUUUUGAAUGGGAUGUCAAACCUCCAACUACGAUGGACCUUGAAGCGUCAUACCCUUUGGCAGACAUCUUGGGCCAAUGGACCGGUUACCUCUAUGAUAAUGAUGAUUUUCCGUCUCAAGUUAUGCGCGAUCUGGACAUGCAUGCUACCUCCUUAGGCGAUCGAACAUUCGAGGCUGAUGGUCGUGAUUUCCACGGGACCGUCUGUCAUCUAGCUGGAAACUGUAGCGCCAAUGACCGGCAUGAAAUCGAGGUCAAGUUUGCGAUCAGUUUUGCUAACUCGAGAGAUCAAGAGUACUUUGAAGGACGAAUAGUUGGGUCGGGGGCUCUAGUGGGAUACAUGAGCUGGUCGGAAAAUGUCAUGGACACAUGGCGACAGCAGUUCAUAUUCAGGCAGCUGCCAGCUGACAUCAUGGCCUAUCAUCCUUCUCCGCAAGAGAUGGCUGCCAAUCCUUCUCGUGCACGAUGGCAGUUUGCGAUACAGUCCACUCUCCACACAGUUCGCAAGAGGCGGUGGUCUUGGUCUUAUUUUUCCGAGAGACAGAAGAACCGUAAACGAUACAUCGACCUCAAUAUAGCCUAUUGGACGUAUGGCCGAAGACCUGUGGGCGAAGAGUAUGCCGAAUUCGUUCAACGAUAUCGGUCUUUAACACCCUCGGAAGCCUGUUUCUACCGCAGUAUACGUGAUCAUCUCUUGGAUGUCAUACCUAGACAUGACAACGUCACCUGCGCAACGUGUGGUGGUCAGCUCGGAGGACCGCGUGUUCUUUGCCUGGAUUGUCAACCUGAGGAGCAGCAGUUUUGGCAAACCAUGGAUUUUUGUCACCAUGAAACGUGCAAUUACACGGUCAUCGGCAAUGAAAUAUACAGUUUCCUUGAACCUGGGAAACCACAUCGACCUACACAUGACUUGAUGAAAUUAUGCACCAUUCUACACAGGAGAGACAUGCCGGACUUAGAUCGUAAGGCAAAGGCUGCUUUGUCUCAUGCAAGAUCUGUAUGGACUCAAGCUCCCGUCAUCCCUCUCACUCCUUCAAUCUCGCGUCAUUCAUCAAUCCUCAAUCUAUCUGGUUCUAAACGCAACCACGUGUCAACUGAAUCAUCUAGAACACCCAGCGAAGAUCUUACGGAGGAAUUCCGGAAGCGUGAAGAUGCACAGAGCAAUUGUGUCGAUGAAGUUGGCCUGUCCUCUGCCCUUGGCUCAAACGGGCUUCAGAAUAGACUUGCCACGUCCUCAAACGCACUGGCCAGAACUGAUCUAAAUGAUGUGCUCACAUUGGCAGUUAACGUGCCAUUGCCUGAAAGUCCUGCGUCAUCUGUGGCAUCACAUUUACAUGUGGAGGUCGCCUCUGCUCCUUCUCAGCCAUUAUCACCAAUGACGGCGCCUCCUGUACCUCAAUGCAGUACCUGUAGUAAGGGACUUACUGGGCCUUGUUGGUUCUGUGUGACUUGUUACCAGUCCGGCGGCGAUCUUUUCAUUUGCGACCAGUGUGAAGCUGAUUGUCUUUUGCCCUGCGUGGAGUGCAAGAGGCCCUACACCCAGCCAAGAUACUAUUACGGCUCUGACCCUAGUGAGUGCAUCAGCGUAUUUGUUGUGCCAUCUCAAACAUAUUCGAACGCGAAACCAUGCAGAAGACACUUUCCUGUGUAAUGUCUGCACCAUCAAAGGAGUUUUACCUUCGGAAAUAUCCAAGGAAUCCCAGCACGUUUGUACACAUCCUCUAGUUCGUGUCCAGGAUCGGAUUGAGGACCCAGUCCCUGCCUUGCCACCAAGCACUGACGAGAGGAUCGCCACGCUUGAAGAGCGUGUCAGCGCAAUCGACGACAAGUUGGAUCGGUUAGAAUAUCGACUGCAAGAACUCAUGCUAUCCCAGGAUCGGUUAGAGGGGCAUCUAAGCGAUGCAUUCUGCGAUAAGUUCUCCCAGAUGGAGCAGCUGCUAAUUCAAAUACUAGCGUCAUCGACGGGGAGGAGAGAAAUAUCUGAAUGUGCGGGUGUAUCUAGCUGAUGCAUUAUCCAUCGUACGGUAAUGGCUUCCAAGUCCUUGAGUUCUCCGCACCAUCCACCAGUCUUCAGUCAUACUGAUUAUUGUAUAAUAACACUGAAUACUUACUCAGGACCACACCUUACAAUACAGUACUAACUAUUUACCUGCACCGUAUGGUUAUACUUACAUUGAAUAUGGAACCCCACCUUCAGUGCCC